GGAAGCGACAGCCGAAAGGCAGCUUCGAACGACGAAUGAUAAGCGAGUUCCAUCAUGCGGAGACCCCACUGGAAAAACGCCAGCGUGUAAAACACUUCCAGAUGGUGCUCCAUCACACGCAUCACCGGAGUUAGUGAUCGAGGGACAGUAUGCUGAUCCAACGUCCGGCCUCACAUCUUUCCAUGAAGCAUGGCGCAACACUUCCAUGCAAAAGGGAGACAUCCAAUCCCCAAGGUCGAGUGAGGCAGAGAUGAACCAGCCCUUAGUUUCUGCUGGAGACCGACCGUUCUACCAAGACGCGCAUAGUCCGGACCCGUUGCCCAAUGCUCCCACAGCGCGCCGCUUACUGAAUCUUUACUUCGAGUCCUGUGUUGUUACCUAUCGAAUAUUCCACCAACAAACCGUGGAAGGUUGACUAGAUACCAUCUUGGACAAUUGGCGAACAAAUCGCCCAAUAACACACCCCAUUAAGACUGUUAAGUAUACAGUCACACAAUCUUUCAAUCAAAGACCGUCCAGCUCAAUAUCAUUCAGGAUGUACCCCAUUCUACCGGGUGUGAACGCCUGGAACGUUUCCAAUCUUCAGAACCCCACGAAGCGGGCAAUUGGUAUCGGUAUCUUGUCUGUAUGAGUAAUGCGGGAGGCAUUACCGGCAGUUUUAUCUAUCAGGAGAAGCGCUCCGUUAUCCACCGGCUACAGGAACUCGUUUGCUUUUGCAUCGGCGGGUUUCAUUGCCUGCCUAGUACUCGAGCUCUGUCUCUUUAGGUUAAAUAAACAGAAGGUCCAGCUAAGCGAAGCGAAGAUCCGAGACUGAUAUACAGAUGAGGAGUUGAACGAAAUGGGAGAAAAAAGUCCCCUGCUCAAAUAUACACUGUGAUCGGCGUUUCUGGGAUGAUUGUCUGAGGGGAGGGAUGUAUAUGAUAUAGCCAGCGUUUAAAUGCCUCACGGGGGGGCUUAUUAUCCAGUUGUACUUUUUUUCAGGUCCUUUAGUGUCG